UUGCCCCAAUGGAUUUUGAACAUCUUGAUUCGGAUUCAAGUAUUGAGGUACAACGUCCUAGAAGACGUAGCCGGAGGAUUUCGUCAAGUGAUGAUAGCGAAAAUGAACAGUGCAGCAGUUGUAUAAAUCAAGAGUACGUGUGGGAAGCCGAAAAUCAUACUCCCAUUAUACAUGGGUUUUCAAGUGCGGGUGGUGCAACCGUAAAUAUACGAGGUCUGUCGAGAAGGGAGGAGUUAAUUACAAAAAUAAUUACGGAAACAAAUAAAUAUGGCGCAAGCGACGCAGAAUUUAUACCUCUUGAAGACGACGAAUUAAAAGUAUUUAUUGCUUUAAAUAUUUUAAUGAGUCUAGUUUCUAAGCCCACGAUUCAAAGCUAUUGGACUACUGAUAAAAGUAUAGAAACUCCGUAUUUUAAGAAUAUCAUGAGCCGUAACCGCUUUAUUUCUAUCUCCAAAAAUUUACACUUUUCCAGUACAAAUAAUCCUAAUGACCCACUGAUAAAAAUUCGAGAAGUUACUCAAAUAGUAAAAAAAACUUUCAUUCGCAUGUAUGUCCCAAAUAAAAACAUUUCCAUUGAUGAAUCACUAAUGUCAUGUAGAAGUCGUUUGCAUUAUAUACAAUUUAUUCGAACAAAACGUGCGAGAUUUGGUGUCAAGUUUUAUAAACUCUGUGAUUCAGAAUCGCGAUACAUACACAAUUUCAAUAUAUAUACAGGAAAAGAUAAAACUGAUACAGGAUCUGCUAGCAGAAAUGUUGUAAUCAAUUUGUUGAAAGAGAGUCAAUUAUUGCAUAAGGGGUAUUGCUUAUUCAUUGAUAAUUGGUACAGUUCACCAACAUUAUACCGAGAAUUAUAUAAUAUGAAAACAAAUAUAUGUGGAACAGCGCGAAUAAAUAAGAAAGGAAUGCCUCCGGAAUUAAAAUCAUACAAAUUACAAAAGGGAGAAGCUGUUAUAUUUUGUACAAAAGAGAUAGCGGCGAUAAAGUGGAAAGAUAAGAAAGAUGUUAUACUAACUACUAUGCACGAUUUAAAUUUUGGUGAAACAGGGAAACGAAACCGAUAUACUGGACAAAAGAGUUUAAAACCAACUGCAGUAAUAGAUUACAAUCAACAUAUGGGUGGAAUUGAUGUUGGCGACCAAAUGUUAAGUAAAUUUCACACAAUGCGAAGAUGUAAAAAAGUCUAUAAAAAAAUAUUUUUUUAUUUUAUUGACAUGAUGUUGUUGAACAGUUACAUAAUUUUUAAAAAUCAUAAGAAAGAUCGAGCGUUUCACGUGUAUAAACAGCUAUUAGCCGAAGAAAUUAUUGAUAAAUAUUUAGCCAACAUAAAUGUAAAUAAUGCACCUGUCAAUGAUUCCAUUACGCGAUUUAGUGGCAGGCAUUUUCCUGUACGAAUAUCUGCAACUCUAGCAAAAGGAAAUAGAACAUCAAAACGAUGCGUUGUAUGCUUA